GCGCCUUAUUUGUGAAAACGAAGCACUGAAGAUAUCUCAACUGCUUUUCAUUUAUGGCACAUUGGUGCUUACGAGCAUUGAUGUAGUUUAGCUAGACUAACUGGAUCAAAAGACUGAUGUUAUUAGACUAAAUUAGCUAUAUUAAUUCAUUAAUGUUACGGCUAGGUUAAACUAGCGCGAAUUAACAUGGUCAAAGUAAAGGGAGAUAGCAAACAGGGGGAUAGCACUAGCAAAAACAAGAUUAGUAGUAUUGCGGCUCAUGUACCCGAUUUGGUCGUCUACAGUGACUUCAGGAAGAUACCUUAUGUGGAACACUUCAAUGGCGUGUUACUAUUUGCAGAUGUGUCAGGGUUUACUGCACUAACUGAGAGAUUCAGUAUGAGCAGCAAGAAGGGCUACGGAGCUGAUGAGUUGACCCGCACACUCAACAGCUACAUUGGAGAUAUAGUAUCCCAUAUCCUGGCUGCAGGAGGAGAUAUCCUAAACUAUGCAGGGGAUGCCAUUUUGUCUCUGUGGACAGUGGAGCGUUCAAUGCUCAGUGAGGUCAUCUCUCUGGUUGUCAAAUGCGGCCUUAACAUUCAGGACAAAUGUGGCGUUCGAGAGACAGACGUUGGCUCUGUGUUGCGAGUUAAAAUAGGCAUAUCGGCAGGAAAACUGUCUAAAGUGAUCAUGGGAAAUGAAGACAGUCAGUACUUUGUGGUGAUUGGACGAGCGGUGGACGAGGUGCGGCUGGCUGAGGGAUUGGCUGUUGCUGGCAACAUCAUCCUGUCGCCUAAUGCCUGGGAGCUGUGCCACCGUGCCAACAUAGCAGUUGACCACUUUGAGGAUGAGCGUGCUGUGAAGGUGCGAUACAUCAAGCGGGACCCUAAUUUUUCUGUAGAGAAAUAUAUGGAAUCCGUCGGCAUGAAUGUGGAACAUGACGACACGAUUAAGGGUUGUGUGAGAAAAGCCUCCAGUCUGAUGCCCAAUGAGGAGCGGGAAAAGUUUCUUCAGAAGUACAUCAUGAAGACUGUGCUGCAGAAGAUCGAUGCUAACCAGCCCUUGGAGUACCUGUCCGAGAUGAGGCCGGCCACUAUCGUCUUCAUCAACCUGCAGUUCAAAGGCGCCGAGGCCGACGCCGAGCAGUGCAUGGCCAUCCACGUGGCCGCUAUCGGCAUCGGCAAGCAGAUGGUCAAGCACCACGGCCGAAUCAACAAGGUGUUCAUGUUCGACAAGGGCUGUACGUUUCUGUGUUUGUUCGGCCUGCCCGGGGACAAGAGAGAGGAUGAGAGCACCCAUGCCCUGCAGGCUGCCUAUGGUGCCCACGAGUUCUGCCUGAAGGAGAUCCGCAGCUUAAGGCUUGUCUCUGUUGGAGUGACCACAGGGCCUGUCUUCUGUGGGGUCGUGGGACACACUCUCAGGCAUGAGUAUACAGUGAUCGGUAAGAAGGUGAACCUGGCGGCGCGUCUGAUGAUGCACUACCCCGGCGUGGUGUCAUGUGACUCAGAGACGCACCACUACUCCAGGCUGCCCCAGGCCUACUUCACCGAGCUGCCCAAGAAGGCCAUGAAGGGCGUCAGAGACCCGGGGCCCAUCUACCAGUUCACCGCCAGGAAAGUCAGGAUAACUGUCGGUCAGUCCCCCAUGUCCGUUGAGAGAGAGAAAGAGUAUCCGCUUCUCGGUCGGGAGAAAGAGAUGGAGCUUUUCUCCGGCGUGGUGAAGAGUUUCCUUGAUGGCAGGGCCGCGGACACGCUCACCUACAACAACGUUGUGAUCUUCGGAGGCGGUAGCGGCUACGGCAAGAGCCAUCUCUUGGCUGAAGUAGUCUACAGAGCCAGCAGGCUGAGUCUCAGGGUGAUGUCCUGCGAGCUGGCCAAGACGGACAUCCAUCAGCAGAACUACACGCUGCAGACGCUGCUGGCCCUCCUGCUCACCGUGGAGACCUGCAAGAGCUUCGCGGAGCGCGCCAAGGUCAUCCUGUCCCAGAUCGAGGAGCCGGAGAUGAGGGAAAACCUCUGCCUGCUCAACGAGACGCUCCUGGUCAAGUUCCCUGUGUCAAAAAGAGUCUCACUCAUGGACAACGAGACUCGUGAGAAAGAGACCAAAGACUUCAUCAUGCAACUUUUCUGCCACAUGGCGCGGGCGGAGCCGUGCGUGUACGUGGUGGACCAGGCGCACUUCGUGGACAGCCCGUCCUGGGGCUUCCUGCAGGAAGUGUGCGAGGCGGCGCACGUGCUGCUCUUCCUGUCCGUGCUGCCGGAGAGCGAGUGCAACCCCGAGCUGCUCCACCUGCUGCGCGCGCCGCGCACCGUCUACCACAAGCUCACCGGCCUCGAGCCCUCCGUCAUCGCCCAGCUGGCCUGCCAGAUCCUGGGCGUCGUGCGCAUCCCCACCGAGGUGGAGCUUUUCCUGGUGGAGAGGAGUCACGGGGUGCCGUACUACUGCGAGGAGCUGCUCAAGAGCCUCUACCUGAGCGACAUGGUCUACAUCUCGGAGGUGGAGGAGAACGAGGACUGCAAGGACGUGGACCUGCUCUUCCCGGGCCCCAGUGUGGAGGUGCCCAUCUGCAGCAGCAGAACCAGUUCAGAGGAGGAGAUCAGGAAGAAGUCCAUGGGACUGGACAUACUUGCACAAGAGAACACAUCCUCCCUGAAGUGCCGGAAGAUUGCUGCGCUGGAUGAGUCCACUAGUGACCGGCUGAAGUACGUGUGCUUGACCAACGAUGGAGCCAAAUUCCACCAGAUUCCCAUCCCACUCACAUUAAAAGGUAUGGCCCUUGCUCACCUGGACCAGCUGCUGCCCAACGAGCAGAUGGUGGUGAAGUGCGCGGCCAUCAUCGGGCACACCUUCACCACGCAGAUGCUCACCCACAUCCUGCCCGAGCUGACGGAGGACAAGCUCAACGCCACGCUGGUGUCGCUCUUCAAGGCGGGCACCUUCGUGUGCGGCUCGCGCCCCGAGAACAUGGUGGACCUGAGCCUGGCCAGCGAGAGCUACGUGCUCAGCUGCUACUGCGACCAGCGGAGCGUGGACGGGAAGGCGAGGAUGAAGGAUGAAGACGAGGAGAAGGAGGAGGAGGAGGAGAUGCCGGGCCAGGCGUCGGAGAGCGGCAUGUGGCGCUGCGACGUGAUGCGCUUCCGCACGGCGCUGGUGAAGGAGACGGCGUACGACCUGUGGCUGCAGGAGCAGCGCCGCGACUUCCACGCCAAGUGCGCCGCCUACCUGAUCAAGCGCGCCCACCGCUGCGCCCACUGCCCCGUCGACGAGUUCAUCCACGGGCACAAGGCCGCCGUGGGCGCCGCCAUCAUCGAGAUCCACGGCGUGCUCAACGCACAGGUGUCCUGCGAGAAGGCCCUGCUCAACAGCCAGAACACCGAGCAUCUUAGCCCACGACGAGGAACCAUCAUGAUCGCUCCAAAGCCAGCGCUGGAGACUGGAGAUGUGGAGGAGACUCUUGCUGUUCUGGAUGCCAUCAUUCAGGACCACCAGGAGGGGGCGAAGCUGAGCAGGUGGUGCCAGUGUGCCCAGGUGCUGGAGGUGGUGCUGACCCCCAUGGCACGCCACUGGAUAGGGGUGGGCGACGUGCCCAAGGCCGUCUACUACCUGCUGGAGACGUCCGCCGCCUGCAUCUACCUCUCUUAUAACCUCAAGGCUUUGACCUACCUGAAUGAGAUUCAGACCAUACUGGACAAUGUGAAGGCUGGGAGGUCUGCAUUUGACACAGCGGUCAAGGGCAGAAUGAAGAUCUGCAAAUUUGAGAGGGCCUGUGCAUAUCGCCUGAGAGGACAGGUGUUGUUCAACACGGGUCAGAUUAAGGAGGCGGAGGCCAUGCUCACCAAGGCCCUACGGCUCCUGGGCAGGUGGCUGCCCUUGACGCAUUUUGUCACCUCCGUCAAACUCGUCUACGAGAGGAUGAGGAAGCUGCGGCUCCAGUCGCAGGAACUCCAGAAACCUGAGGAGAAGAGAUUGGCGUAUCUGCACGAGCAGAUCAACUGCUUGUCCUUCAUGUGGAAGAUCAGCUGCAUCAAGAGGGUGCCGAACAUCCACCGCGCCAUGUUGGCCAUCACCAUGGAGCAGAACACAGCCACCAGGACCACUCAACAGAUCAAGGGGGUGUUCUCCAUGCUGGACCUGCACCAGUUCAGCCAGGACGCUGGUGAUGUGGAGGAGUGUAAGCGCUACGAGCUGCAGCUCUUUGAGCUCGUGGCCCAGCUGCCCGACUCCACCGAGGCCUACACACUCAUCUCCCACUUCAUACGCAACCUCUGCAUCGUCCGCCUCUGUGACGGACAACUGGAGGAGGCCAUCCAGUACGGUUACAAGGCCCGCAACGUGAUUCGCCGGCUGAACCAGGCGGGCGUGGACGGGUGGCUCAUGGCCAACCUCUCCACCCCCAUGCUGUUCACCAACAGAUUCAACACGUGUGUGCAGGUGACCAUGAGGCUGGAGCGGCUGGGCAACACAAGAGGGGUCAGCACUGGCAAGGGCUGGUUCUACAUGUCCUGCUUGAACUGCAUGCUCUACGCUGGUUUCCUGGUCAGGCAUCUGGACGAGUGCCUGAUGUUUGUGCAUGAGUCUCAGUCUGACCCCUGUCUGCUGGCUGACCAAGGGCUGAUGUUCACUCUCUACUCAGCACUCUGCCUCUGGUACGUGAGGUUGUGUGACUGGUCGCAAGCGCGUCAGUUCUACACCAAGGCGAGCAAUGUGUACCGCGAGUCUCCGUCCAACCUGUUGGCCAUCGGCGGCAACGUGAUGUUCCUGGAGCUGCGCGUGCUGCUGUUCAGGAAAGCCCUGCUGGAGCACAACGUGCACAUCCAGGACAUCUACCACAAGACGCUCAAGUGCUUUGCUGAGUUCAGACAGCGGUUCAGCACUAACCAGCUGUACCAGCCGCGGCUGCUGCACCUGCAGGCCUACAUGAACCAGCUGGCGGGCCACGGAGCCACCGCCCAGCAGCUGCUGCACAAGGCCCUGCAGCUGUGUGACGCCCAGGGCAACAAGCUGGAGAGGAGCUGGAUCCAGCAGAGCCAGGUGACCACACACACACACACACACACAAGGCCCUGCAGCUGUGUGACGCCCAGGGCAACAAGCUGGAGAGGAGCUGGAUCCAGCAGAGCCAGGUGA